AUGACGGAAGAGCAGGGGACAUCACAGCCGCUACGGGCGUGGCUGCUUCUGAUGCAGCUGGACGGCGGGCUGCGCUGCAUCUCCCUCGCAGACGGCAAAGACUCCUGGACCACGGGGCAUCCUGGAGGUCAACUCUCCUACUGUGGAUCUAGGCGCAGCAGCGAGACGGAGCGAUGGAUGUGGGCGCACCGGCCGCCCCGUGCUGCGUGCAGGGGCUGCAAGAAUGUAUCCGGACUCAAUUGUAGUGAACUACAAGUAGGAAAGGAUCAUGUGGAUGCGUGCGUGGACGCUCUAGAUGUCGGUUGGGAAGGUAGCGGCAUUGACUGCUGUCUUGUGUCACUCCCCCACGGUGACAAUGCGAGUGCUCCUCCGCUAAAGUGGUGUCUCCUUACAGAUGAGUGGUACGGCGACGGUGGGACCGUUGGGCUGCCUGUGGACGAUGUGCUAGAGUGCUGGAAAACUUGCUCCUGCCCUACUCACAGGCCCGUGGAUCUGCAGCAGAGGCAAACAUCGUACAUGGAGCUAGAUUUAUUCACAGGAAAAGUUCUUUCUAGCCUUGGAACGGAAGCGGAUCAUGCAAUGCUGGAGACGGUGGAAAGCUCAGCCAAUACGGAGUCAGGGCUGCGCCUGGCAGUGCAACGCACCGACAAUUCUCGAACGUUGGUGUUUCCGCUCCAGAGUAUGCCCUCACGCACUGAUGCUGAGAGUGUGACAGGUGACUUGUGCCGCUCUUGGUAUGCAGUGACUUCAAGCGUUGAGUUUAAUGUGCUAUGUAUGUCCGUCGAUGAUUCACCGUGCGAGCCGCUGUUGGACGCGAGGCGUGAUGUAUUCUGCAUCGAACAGACAUUGGCGAUGGACGGCGUCACGGCCUCUCUGUGUAAUGCUGGCAAUGCGGGAGGGUUUAUGGAAAUGCAGCUCUCGAUCUCCUCCCCUGUUGUUUCCGCACACAUUGUGUGGCUCCAGCAACACUCUAUCGCCACAGGUGACGGAGGUGCUGCGUCACAGGUGAGUUGCGAGGAGAUCCCUGUUGUCAAUUCAACGGGACACCCGCGAACGCACAUCCGUGCUGGUUGGUUGCAGCAGCACAAAGAACAUAAAAAUGUGCUUUCCGGUUUUCUCGAUGGUAAACGUAGGGUUUUCUUUGUUGACUCUAUAACAGGAACAGGAGAAACAGUACCGCGCGUUGGAUCGCAGCUGUUGCCGGCAACUUCUGCAAACUCUCCGACCUCGUGGCGCACGGAUGAUGAUGAUGAUGAUGAAGCAUAUUUGCUCUUUAACAGAGACGACUCUGGCGAGGCAUACCCAACUUCACCGAGCGGGGUUUCAAGCAACGCGCUUGUGCUUCGCGCCCAAACGGCAUCGUUCACAAGUGAUAAUGGAGGAAGCCUGAUGCCUGUGCGCAGUGGGACUUCCUUCUUUGACGAGAACUAUGAGGUCAUAGCGCUCUUGGGCCGUGGUGCCUCUGGUGCGGUUCUUCUUACGCGGCACCGCGUGACAAGUUUGUUCUACGCCGUCAAGGUGCUGCUUGUGCGGGACAACUUCACUGAAGAGGAGGCGAUUCAAGAGGUGCGUCUGCACGCCCUGCUGCAGAAUAAGUACCUUGUCCGCUACUACGCGUGUUGGUCGGAAGCAGUAACGCCGUGCCGCGUGGAGCAACUUGCGAGCAUUGGUCUGUGCGAUGCCAAGGAAGCCAAAGGCAUGUGUGCCAUCAGUGGCCUACAGCGCAUCGGCUGGAUGGGCGAUCAAGGUGGUGCAAUUAACAACAACCUGCUGCUAGCGGCUCCGCAGCACGGCAACACGGGAGUGUACCUCGCCGGGGACGACAGCAUGGAGAGCACACAAGCAGCAUCACCUCUCAGCAGCGUCGGCGCGAUGAACGACGAGUACGCCAACUCAUCGAGCGAAACCAGCUCGUCCUCUACGCGGUCCUCGGAGACUAUCCUUGGAGCGCGAGUGGUGUUCCUACAAAUGGAGUACUGCCAAACCACCCUGGCGCACCGUUUGGGUUCGCGUACUGUCAUUGAUCGUGUGGAGAAUAUCAUCAUUGCGUUACAGAUGUUCGACGGGCUGCGCUAUAUCCACAGGUGUGGAUGUCUACACCGCGAUGUGAAACCGACAAAUAUUUUCCUCGACUACCGCUUCCAAAUGGUUGCUACGGACGACACAAGCGACGAUGCCGAUGAUGAUGAUGAUGAUGAUGAUAUCAACAACGACUACGAAAACGGCGGUGGCGCUCGUGACGGUUCGGGUGCGACCGAGUGGACCGUGCCGGGGCUGACGACGGUGAAGUAUGCGCCCUCCUCCUCCGCUUUUGAGCUGCUGGAGACAAACGCCUCCGUGGGAUCACUGGCGCUUCACCUACGGCGGCUAAGCGAUGCAAAGGAGGAGCCCAAGAGGCGGAAAGCGAUACGAAGGGUGCGGGCGUGGCUGAAGCGGCGUCUUGUGCAGGUUCGCGUCGGGGACUUUGGCCUUGCUAAGCCGCUAAGUGACCAGCGUGUCGACGUCGCCGGAUACUUCAACCGCAGCGCCAUCAACACCGUCGGCGCCGGCUCGCCGCUCUACUCCAGCCCGGAGCAGCUGGAGGGGAACCUUUGCACGGCUGCCUCUGAUGCGUACGCCAGUGGUGUGGUGCUGGCGGAGAUGUAUCUGCAGCCCAAGACAGUCUCGGAGCGGCUUCACGAGCUUCGGCGCGUGCGCGAGGGCGUGUUCCCGGACGCCGCACUCUUGUCACAGUACCCGGAGUUGUGGGUGGUACGAGGCUUAACGCGGCAGGAUCCCAAGUCACGCAUGCCUCUUCGUGACGCGAGUCGAGUGCUAGCGAAGACUGCAGAUAAACUACUACUUUCGUUUCUUUUGAAAUGA